CCGGUUUGUUUCGCGUAUAUUAAUUGCUGAAGUAUUCCUUAGGCAGAAUGGAGAAUGACAUGAUCCGAUAACACCGAUUUGCUUCGAAAAUGCAAUGGGAUUAAUGCAAUUACGGUUUUGCUUUUAGAAUUCAGAUUUAAUAAUAAAGAUCGGAAACUAAGUUUGUUAUAUAAGAUACAACUAUAUUCAUUCUAAAGCAGGAAAGAACAAGCUCACGAGAAAGAAAGUUAGGAUAGAGUACAAAAGGGGUAAUAACAGGUUAGAAAUGGUGACAGUACGUUUAGCGACUUUCUUGCAGACGUUGAGCAAGUAUUCACAUCUUGCUAUAUUACUCGUAUAUAUGCCCUCUAUACUCGGAUUGCCAUACCUGAACGAUGGUACCAGCAUUCAACAGCUCUACGGUGAUGGCGUAUUAAACGGAGAUACUGACAUAUCCGAUAGACUGUUUCCUAGCUACAAUGAUCAACGGAAUACUAUCGAUGCAUACGGACACACGCUGGACAAUGACAUGGAUUGGUCCUCAGACUCGAAUGAGAUCGAGAAUGAAAUCAUAUCACAACUGGUUGGCUCUUAUCGGAAUGAAAACGAUUACAAACGCAGUGUUAAUCGAGAUGUGCUAAACAAACUCGUUGGCGCACGGGCAAAGAGAUUUGGAUAUUCCUACCACCCAUACCUUAUAUCCCCUCGGCCGAUGACUCGUGCACGAAAUUGGAAUGGCCCUUCGAAAUUAUGGAUGACGUCUAGAGACAACGAUUUUGCCAAGGUAAAACGACGACUUGCUUUCACGGCUCUGAGAGGAAGAUAGAUUUAUUUCACCGAUUGGGAACACUUUCGUUGCACAUUGCAGAUGUUUGGAUGAUUUUCACAAAACGCAAAUGAACAGCAGACACAAUCUUAAAACAUGUUUAUUAGUUGCAACUUAUGAUUACAGUUAUGUUGUGUACAUCAUCACGUGAUGCCAAAAUAAUGGUGUUAAGUAUAAAUUACAAUGUUUACAAACACAAUAAUUCAAUAUUAUGUUCUCUUUCUUUUUUUCUCAUCGUAUUCUUUAUCUAAAUGUUAUCAUUCUAAACAAGAGAUACAAACUUUUUCGGGAUUGUCUUGUUAAUGAGUAGACAAGUUUAAUGUUUAUAUUUUAAAGUGACGGUUUAAGUUAAGAAACACAAAAUACCAUUUGUAUGGCGUAAAUAAGAAAUCAAAGUGCAAAUGUAUGGAAAAGGUCUUUUAAAAUCUGUUUAACUUGUUCUUUACAUGAAACGAUACAAAUGAAAAUAAUCGACAAUCCCAGACGUCUGAAGCCAACAAUUACUCCGUUCAAGGGCAUAAGUGUCUAAAGGGCCAAAUUCACGCUGAACGACAGACGAAAAACGUAGAAACAAAACUGAUAUACAACACACUAAUCAACGUCUAUUUAUCUAUAGAUAUUAGGGUCACCGCCUUGAAUCGGGCAGCAAUUCAAGAGUUCACUGGGGACAUUUACUGAUGAAUGUUGUACUUAUAAAUCCCUGGAGCAAUAAAAAAGGAAAUAAGACAAAAAAUCUAAUUAAGCAUUAUCGGGGUUAUUAAUAAUAUUUAGUAUGCAUAAUCCAUGUAUCUUCUGCAACAUAGGUGAAAUAAGGAGAUUUUUUUUAUGAAAGAAGAUUUCAUUUUUUUUAAAACCAAAACGCGUUUGCGUUGUUUUGAAAAAAUCUGUUUACAAAAAGAAUACUGUUUUUGUAACAAAAUAUUCAU